AUGUCCGAAAAGAGAAUAGAGCAGUGGGAAGUCGAGCGAUACUGGGAGAUCUUCUCUUCCCUCUCCAAUGGCCAGCCACAUCUGAACAACGCGCAAGCCGCUACAGUCCUAAGAAACAGCCGAUUACGAGAUGAGCAACUGGAGAAGGUGUGGGAUUUGGCGGAUGUGGACGGAGAUGGUGAGCUGGACUUUGAGGAGUUUUGCGUCGCUAUGAGGCUUAUUUUUGAUCUUGUCAAUGGGGAAUACGCCGAUGUGCCACAUUCAUUACCAGACUGGUUGAUUCCAGAGUCGAAGGCACAUCUAGUCCAAGCUUCGCGCGCCCUCACGGGAAGGCAACCGCAAUUCGAGCGGGUGGAGGAGGAGGACGAUACCCCUGGCCUCAAGGACGGGUUUGACUGGUACAUGAGCCCAGGCGACAAAUCCAAAUACGAGGAGAUAUAUUCUGCGAACAAGAACCAUCGCGGGGAGGUAACAUUCGAGUCCCUUCAACCCCUCUAUGACUCCCUCGCCGUACCCGACACCGACAUCCGCUCCGCCUGGAAUCUCGUUAACCCUUCCGCCUCCUCCACAAUCUCCAAAGAUGCCACACUCGCCUUUCUCCACAUCCUCAACAACAGACACGAGGGCUACCGCAUCCCACGCACUGUCCCCGCUUCCCUCCGCGCCUCCUUCGAAUCCAACAAAAUCGACUAUCAACUCGACAACGUACGCCCCGCGCAGCGAUGGGGCACUGAUACUGACAUAGAUACCAGCACCGGCCGCAAGGCUAAAUUCGGCGACGCAUAUCUGAGCCGCCUAGGCGUUGGCGGGCGGACUACGUAUCGUCCGCAGGGGACUGAUUUCAGCAGCACGAUACAAGAUGAGGAGUGGGAGAAGGUGAGGCUGCGGCGCGAGCUGGCGGAGUUGGAAAAUAAGCUAGAGACUGCUAAUAGCGCUUUGGAGUCGAGGAAGAGGGGGAGUGGCGCUGUUAAUGGCGGGCCUAAUUGGACGCUUAUCAAGAAGGAGGCGUUGCAGUUGUUGGAGUAUAAGGAGAGAGAGUUGCGGGAGCUUAGAGAGGGUACUGGUAGAGUUAAGGAAGGGGAAAGUCUGGAGAGGUUGAGAGAGGACGUGAAGACGGUUGGUGAUCAGGUGGAAGGGUUGAGGGCGCAUUUGGCAAGGAGGAAUGAGACGUUGGCUGAGUUGAAGGACCAGAUUCGGGAGGAGAAGCGGAGUCGGUGA